CUUUAAAACCUCGGCAUUGAAACAGCCCUAAAGCGUUGUAAACUCAGCUUUAAUUCCGAAUUGGAACUUGGCAACCUACAACCUUCUAACCUAAGCUUCUACUAUCUCUUACCCAUCCAGUACACCACCACUGUUUUCUGCUUGUAGAGAUUCAUUAUCCACUGAUUACCUACUAGGUAGGAUGCUAGAAGCAUGUAAUUCUCCGACAUUGCUGAGAUACCCUCCGCCAUAGCGAAUGCGAUCAAUAAACAGACAGAUCUCUCUUGAUCUUGAUCUUGAUCUUUAUUCCGUAGAUCCUCUUCCGUAAUAAUAUCAUCAUGGCUCAAGAUGAAGAUCCUACGCGCGACUCAGCGCCCGAUUUACAAAUCCUGGGAGACCAAAUCACCCUCCAACCCAGGAGUUAUGUCGAAACUCGUCGCCACGAUGAUCAAGAACCCCUAAUGCAUAAUAUGGCCCGUUUCCGCUCCGAACCUCUUCAAUUCCUCCGUGAAGUUUCCCUAUACGUAUCCGGAACGGGGUGGCGAGCCUACGACAAAGUCAUUGGUCAGCCUUUGUUCUACUCUGGGUUCUCGGAACAUAUGAGAAACGCCGUCGUAUCCGCGCCCCUUUUACAGUCCCGAAUAUCCCAGCUGGCUAAUAAGCGAUUGGAAGUCGAAGAGGAGGAAGGGUGGCUUAACAAGGACGACAAGGAUUUCGUCACUAAAAAGGCCCAAAGACGAGCCGUUAUAGAGACGAGUAUUCAACAAGUGGCGGAGAAGAUGACCAAUGAUAUGAUAUGCAAGUUUGAGAGCAAGACUUUCAUUAGAGGGGCAUACUACUUAGUUACACAACUACUUACAAGAGCCUACCACCAAGGAAUACACGUGUCGAGCGAAGAAGUCUUGAGGCUGCGAAAAGUCGCUGAAAUAGCCCAAAAGAAGAAACAGAGCAUCAUCUUUCUACCAUCCCACCGAUCUCACGUUGACUACGUCUCUAUGCAACUGAUUUGCUAUCGCCUAGGGCUGGCAUUGCCUGUUGUUGUUGCCGGUGAUAAUCUAAAUUUUCCGGUUGUUGGGAGCUUUUUGCAGCACGCAGGCGCAAUGUGGAUUAGACGGUCGUUCGGAAAUGACACCUUAUAUACGACUCUUGUACAAGCUUACAUAGACACCCUACUCCAGGGAGGGUAUAAUUUUGAAUGUUUCAUCGAAGGCGGCCGAUCCAGGACGGGAAAACUGCUCUCUCCAAAAUUUGGCAUCUUGAGCUUCGUACUGGAUAGCUUAUUAUCGGGUCGGGUCGAAGAUGCCAUCAUAUGUCCAGUGAGCACACAAUAUGACAAGGUUAUCGAGACGGAGGGUUACGUUACAGAACUCUUGGGUUACCCAAAGAAGAAAGAGAACCUGGCCGAUUUCUUAACUGACGGCUCCUCUGUCUUGUCACUCCGGUUGGGAAGAGUUGACGUCCGAUUUCAUGAGCCUUGGAGCUUACGCAAAUACAUCGAUGAGCAGCUGACGAGGCUUACUCCAUCACCCGAGACGUUAAGAUUCGAUGUAAAGACCCCAGAAAAUGUUGCGAUUAAACAGAAGCUAUUACGAACCAUGGGAUACAAGGUACUAUCAGACAUCAACGACGUGUCCGUAGUCAUGCCUACCGCAUUGAUUGGCACCGUAUUACUUACACUUAGGGGUCGCGGAGUUGGUAAAUCAGAACUCUUGCGGCGAAUUGAAUGGCUUACUGCCCGGGUGGGAGCCAAGGGCGGUCGUGUGGCACAUUUUGGAAAUGCCCCCCUAUCCGACGUUGUAGAACGAGGCUUAGAUGUGCUCGGAAAGGACCUUGUUGGCGUGGUGCAAGGCCUAGCAGAGCCGACCUACUAUGCCGUAGAUCGGUUCCAGCUUUCUUUUUACCGUAAUAUGACGAUCCAUUUAUUCAUAUCAGAGGCUCUUGUUAGUGCUAGCUUGUAUACCCGUGUAAAGCUUGGUGGUGGCCCUGCUCAUCAGGAGAUAUCCUACGACGCCUUGCGAGAUCAAGUAUUGUUCCUUUCGUCGUUAUUCCGUGGGGAGUUUAUAUUCCCUGGUGAAGGGUUAGCCGUCAACUUAGAGAAAACGUUGGCAGGAUUAGAGAACGAUCGCGUUCUUGAAGUUAAAAGAGAUGAAAAGGGGAGCAUAUUGAGCAUCGGGCUUUCGGAGGAAGAACGGACAGCUGGUAGAGAAAACUACGACUUCUACUGCUUCUUAAUCUGGCCCUUUAUCGAGUCUAGCUGGCUUGCGGCUGUUUCUUUAAUGGGCCUCACGCCUCCACUCGAGCAGAAAGACGUAAUCUGGAUUGAAAUGGCAAAGGCGCAAAACACAACACAACUAGUUGGCAAAACUCUCUACCACCAAGGUGACUUGAGUUAUUUUGAGGCGGUAAACAAGGAGACCCUGAAGAAUUCGUAUCAGCGCUUCGAAGAGGAAGGUAUUGUCUAUGUGUUGAAACCAAAGGACUCGGGCGGGCCCCCUCGAUUAAGACUCGCAUCCGAGUGGAUGCCUUCCCGCGACCCAAUAUCCGGAGCCCUCCAGCCGUCAGGGAGAUUAUGGAACUUCAUUGAACGCAUUGCGUCAAGCAGACGCGAAGGAAAGAAUAGGAGAGAUGGCGCCACGGUUAGCACGCGGGUGUUGCAUCUCACUGAUAUGAUAGGGGCCAAGUUAUUCGAAGAGGCCACUAGAUUGGAGAGCAAGACUGAUGCAGCGCUUAGCGACGAGGAAGCAGCGAAACUCAAGAGUGCUGUCAAAGCCGAAAGGAAGAGGCGGAGGCUAGAGGGCAGAGCACAUUUGUAAGGGCACGUUGCGAAGUGAAUUAUGAAUUGCAUGCAUAUGGGAUGGAUACCUGCCUAACCUAACUGCCUACCUACUGCCUUGUAGGCGUGUACCAACUACUCGGUUUAUUCUGGGAUGACUAAUGAGUCGUACACAUAAUAUUGAAGUAGCAUGCAGAGAAACAUAAUGCCAAUACCAAUUUAAUGCAUUCUCGG